UAAAAAUAAUAUUAAGAAGGAUGUCAACUGUUUGCCGACUGUGUCUACGGAAAGAUGCCAACUUCGUUAUCAGCAAUGGCCAAGUGGCCGUGAAAAUCCUUUCCUGCACAGGUCUAGAAAUUGAUCCCAACGACAAACUUCCGCAACUCAUUUGCCAAGUCUGCCGACUGCAUUUGGAAGAGUUUCAUUAUUUUCGCAAACGUUGUCAUGCGGCUGAUCGCCGUCUACGUCAGCUGACACGCCUUGGCCGGAGUUUUGACUAUGAAAGUAACUUAUUAGAUAGUGACAAGUCGGAUGUACUCUUGCUAAAAGAUGUAGCCAACUGCACGCCAACAGCUUGCUCGGAAAGCAACGCCCGUUGGCGCAGGGAGGCAGCUCAAAUGAUUCGACGCGAAAUAGACAGCCACAAGAGUGACUUAGUUGUCGUGUGCAAACAACAAGUGAGAGAGGAGAUCGAGCAGCAAGUCCGUAGUGAAGUGGAGAGCCUCAUAAUCGCCGACGUCAAAAAGAAAUGUCAGCUAAAAGUGUUGGACGAUCUGUUUUAUGAGAUUGAAACUUGGUUUGUCCACAAGCGUAACAGUGCAGCUCGUUCCCAGGCAUUGGACUCAGACUGCUUUUUGUCAGACAUGGAUGCUGCUGAGAUGGAGAGCGCAUCUACUAUCACGGACCAAAUUGGCUCUAACUCCGAGCUGAUGACCAACGCAGAGUCCGUUAAUAAUUUGAAUAAUAGUACAGAGAGCUUAGUGGAAGUUAUUGAAACUGUUCCAAGUCCAAUACAUCAACCAUCUUCUGGCAGCAGUGCUCCCGCUAUGGAACUAAUACCGACAUCAUCAAAAGUUCUUCCAAUGGUUGAAAUCAAUAUGGAUAACUCUCAGUACAGUCACCUGCGAGAGUAUGGAAACACCGCCAAUUUCCUAUCUACGAAAGAUCUAGUAUCUCCUGUGAAAACUCCCCGAGUGCGCCAUAAAGAAAAAGAGCUGUCUCGCAUACAACUGAGGGAUCGCAUUUGCCAAAUACAUGGCACGGAGAAUGAAAAAAUUCGAAAUUGUCUUCGAUGUCGCCUAAGAGGACCGCUUAAUACGAAGAAAAAUACUAAAUAG